UGGCGCAUAAGGACCAUAUCGAGGCAAUCAUAACAGUGUAAAUUACAAUUUAUCAAAAUGGCGGCCUGGCAAAGGAGAUUGCAAAAGGAGUUGAAAGAGAUCAAAACGAAACCUCCACCUGGAAUGUAUCUUGACAGCGAUUCAGUAUCUUCAAAUCUUGCUACGUGGAUAAUUCAUGUAGAAGGGGCUCCAGGGACGUUAUAUGAUGGGGAAAAAUUUCAGCUAGAAUUUAAAUUUGGAUCUAAAUAUCCUUUUGAGUCACCUGAGGUAAUAUUUGGAGGGUCAAAUAUCCCUGUCCAUCCUCACGUUUACAGUAAUGGACAUAUAUGCUUGUCAAUCUUGACGGAUGACUGGUCUCCAGCUCUCUCAGUGGAAUCUGUCUGUCUCAGUAUUGUCAGUAUGCUAAGUAGCUGUCAAGAAAAGAAACUUCCUCCUGAUAAUAACUGGUAUGUUAAAACAUGUCAUAAAAGUCCAAAGAAAACAAGAUGGUGGUAUCAUGAUGAUUCUGUUUGACAUGUCUCCAUUUUAGGUUUAAAUUGUAAUUGAUUGUAAGAAGAUUUCUUGUUUACGAGAGGUGUGUCUAGUGAAAGAGCACACUAGCCAUGUACAGUGUUACUAAAUUGAAUACUAAGUUCUUUAUUCUGGUGUUUGUAAUGAUAAUUUGAUUUCUGUGAUGUUAAUGGAAAAUGAUUUGUGUAAAGUUUUUGGAAACAAGAAUUGAUUGUAAAAGAUUUUCACAAUUUUUGAAAGAGUGAUUUAUCUUGUUGUGGUGAUGAACUGCAAUUAUUAAAAAACUCACUUGCAGAACAAGUAUGCUUUUGAGAAAGUGUAUGAAGACAGAGAAACCAUUAAUUUAGGCUUCUACCUGAUGGUUGUAUCAAAAAUGCAUAUUUAACCCAGUCUUGCCAGAAGAAAGCUUGCUACAACUACAAUGGUAUUGUAACAAGGAUUAAUUUUUUAAAUAAAAUGUUUGGUAUAAGUUUUACUUAUUUGCAGACUAACACUUUUAGGAACAUUAAUGAGCCUUUGGCCAUGUAAAUAGGUUAUGAAAUAAAAUUUG